UUUUCACUGUUCAUUUUGGUACUCUACGAAUAAGAAGAAAAUAUGGAUUAUUGAACUGAAGAUAUUUAUCGAAUAGAGAGAAAGAAAAAAAAAUUCUAAAUUCCAUUUACUUUACCAAAACAAAUCCGUUUGGAACAUAUAGUAAAUUAUUAUUAUUUGAAAUGAAUUUUCGAUUUCAAUCAUCAUUCAAACGAUUCAAUGACCAAAAGAUCUUUAAUUAUAAAUUAAGAAAUUUAACAUUUUAAUUGUUAAACUCUAACUUAUUCUCUAUCAUUCGGUGAAUGUCAACGACAACUAUGACCGCAACCAUAUUGCCCAAACAAAUAGAUAGAUUAAUUUUAUCCAAUAAUUUUGUUUGUAAAUCAUCAUCAUCAUCAUCAUCAAACGCAAUGAAAAUGAUAAUUAAUGAUUCUUCGCUCGUCGGUGCUGGUGGUGGUGGUGGUGGUGAUCAUAAACGAUCAUUAAAUAGCAGUAUUACCCAACAAAAUGAUGAUGGUGAUAAGAUGGCGACGGAACAAAUAAAACCGAAACGUAAACGUCAACGUUUAGAUCAUCUGACACAAGAACAAAAGGUCAUGCGAAGAAAAUUAAAAAAUCGUAUGGCCGCUCAAAGUGCACGUGAUCGUAAGAAAAAGAAAAUGAUGGAUCUCGAAAAGGAGAAUAAUCAUUUGGGUAAAGAACGUAAUGAUUUGAUAAAACGUAAUCGUUAUUUGGAACAAAAAUUAAAACUUUAUAUUGAAGAAAAUGAUAAUUUAAGGAAAAAAUUGGGUAUCGAACCAAUCAAAUUGGAACCAGAAUCCGAUGAUACAAUGGAAUUAUUUUAUUCAUAUAAAAAUAGUCAUAUUGAUGACGACGAUGAUGAUGAUGAUAAAUCUAUUAAAGAUGAUGAUAAUGAUGUAGAUGAUUAUGAUGAUGAUUAUGUUGAUGGUAGUGAUGAAGAUAGUUACCAAAGUUCGGAUAACUAUUCAUCCACCUCAACGGCUAAUGCUUUUGAGUCAGCCGAACUCAUUAAUGUUCCUCAGCCGAAGGUGCAAGUAUUGGCCGAAAAGGAUGGAAAAAUGGAAAAUGUCCGCCAACCAUUGGUAACUAUCGACAAAACAAUCGGAAAACAAAAUCAUCAUCAACAUCAGAAAUCGUUAAAGGAACCGCAAAUGAAGACUUGCUCGCUACAGCAGUUGACCAACUUUUUAAUGGUUUUAUUGGCUACAAUCUCACUGAAUUCGAACAACAACAGCAGCAGCAACAACAACAACAACAAAAGCAACAGUCAAUCAAUAACGGAACCGAUAAUCAAUUUGGUAUUAAAACAAUUGAGUCAGAUUCAAUUAAACAACGAAAAUUAUCUUCAAGAAAUGGAUCUAGAAUUCAGCCAAUGUUUAUCGGAAUUGGCGAAACAAUGCCAAUUGAAUACAUUAAUACAACAAUAUCAAGAAACAUGUACGGCUACGGAUUUAGCUAAUGAUUCAAUUAUAAUCGAUCAUGAUUAUGCAAUCAAUCCUACAUUGUAUACAAUGGUCACGUCUAAUAUGGACCAAAAUAAUAAUGAUUUGAAUAUUAAACAUAAUCAGCUUAGUUCACCACAACCAUCAUCAUCGGAUAAUAGUGAUAUUGGUUAUGAAUCAAUGUCAUCACCUGAACCGAUUCAAUCGACACCCAAAAUCGAUAAUGUCAAAAUAGCAACAACAACUCAACAAUUUAAUCUAUUUGCAUUGGAUGAUGAUCAAAAAAAUAAUAUUCUGAAUUUGGAAAAUUUAAAUAUCGAUCCAGAUAUUGAUCUUUUGUUUCCAACAAACAUUGACAAAGAAUAUCCUAAUGAAAUUGAUUUCAUUAGUGAAGAUAAUCUACAGCCAUCAAUCGAUGAAAUGAUGACUUUUGAUUCUGAUCUUCAUGAAUUAUUUCCAGAUUUGUUUUGAAACACAUGUGUGUUAAAAAUAAAAGACAUUUCUAUCUUAUUUCACAUCAUUCACACAUCACAUAACUUAUAUGCAUCACAAAAGUCGGAUUGGUUUUGGACAAAUACAAACUUU